AUGCCACUCAUUCCAACUGAAAACAAACUUGCUAUCUACAGAUACUUAUUCCAAGAAGGUGUAUUGGUUGCCCCAAAGGACUUCCAUUUAGCUAAGCAUCCACAAAUUGAAACUGUUUCAAAUUUAGAUGUCUUACAAAUCUUAAGAUCCUUCAAAUCAAGAAAAUUCGUCACUGAAACUUUCAACUGGCAAUAUUACUACUGGGUCUUAACUGAAGAAGGUAUCAAAUACUUAAGAACCUAUCUCCAAGUCCCAGAAUCUGUUGUCCCAGCAACUAUGAAGAAACAAGCUUCACGUCCAUCAACCUACACCAGAUCUGAAGAAACCAAGAGAACCGGUGCCUCUGGUGAUUUCGAUCCAUCAUUCAACCGUGGUGAUCGUCGUCAAGGUGGUGAUCGUCGUGGUGGUAUGGGUCGUGGUCAAUACAGAACUGAACGUAGUGCCCCAGCUCCACAACAAAACUAA